AUGGUGGUCGUGCCGCUGCCGCCUUCGGCACCAUCCCAGCUCGCAGCCUCAGUCGAUUUGCUCUGCGUCUCCAACCGUCCAAAGAUCCCAACCCUAUCAUCGUCUCCUACCACGAGCUCGGCAACGAGAUCGGACAUGGCAAGUUCGGCUCCGUUCGGAUCUAUGAGGUUCGUGCUGAUCGGGUGGGUGGCCCUGGUGAACUACGGCAAGGACUACGGCCGCCUCGUCGUCAUCGUCGACGUUGUUGACCAGAACAGGAACGUCGAGGACACGGUCCACCGCGAGGUCGAGAUCAUGCAACACCUCUCGGGCCACCCCGCCGUCGUCACGCUGAAGGCCAUCUGCGGUGGUUGCAAAUCGAAGGUGAUUGUGCGGCGGCCCUCUCUCCUUCCAAUCCUCUCUCUACCAUUGGAGCAAAAGUUGCGGACAUCUUGGCGGCGUUGGUAG